UCUGUUUAUUCCUCUUUGGUUGCCUAUCUCGGCCUUGGUACUUCAUUCACCUUUCUGUCACUCGUUCUCCGACAUUGAUCCUACUAAUAACUAAUCCAUACUAACGCUCUCUCAUCUCUCCGUUGUUCCAUCACUGCCGUUGUACUUCGAGCCGGGCACAUCCCAAUACUUUUGGCGUUUUCCAACAUCUCAUCCCGAAUUUUGCAUCACUGGUACUCUGGAACCGAACAACUCCACCCGAUCUCUUGCGCAUGAUCAAACACCGAACCUGACGAUCUUUCGCCUCACCUGUCUGGUCUUGAAAGCCCAGAUUUGCAAACACUCAGAAAUUAGAAACCCAAUUUUUCAUCGAAACAAGUUUUCGUUGGGGUUAUCUACUUUCCGUUCGAAAACCUGUGACAACCUGGUGUAAAGAGGACAGUAUUGGGCCCAAACCAAAAUUACCGACGGAAAAAACGGUCAAUCCAGAACAACUUGACACUCACGAUAGUUCCUUACAAUACGAGUUGUACCCUUCACUCGCGCAUCUUGCAGCCGUUGAGUCACCAGGACCAGGGCUACAGCACACACACACACACGCGCGCGCACAUAACCUUGCAGUUAUCAUUAUAUAAUCCCGCACCCCACAUCUACUUUUUUCCCCUCCCGCUUCUUCACGAUGGCCUCCUUCUCCCCAGAAGAUCCCUUCUUCAACCUCUUUUUCACUCCGGCACCAACUUCGUCCGCCAGGAACGCUAGAAACGGCGGCAGCAGCGUGACAAGGAGUCGCAGCCCAUCGCCAUUCCCCCCUCUUCCUCCCACAUCUACCGCAACCCCAUCUUUGGUCAGGGCGUUGAUGUACUCGACGUCUACCCCAAUGUCCAUCAUGCCGUCCUCCAAGGAAACUCUCAUCAGCAAGUCGCCAAUUCUUUCCGCCUUGCGCUCCCCGGCGGGCACCGCGUCUGGUCGUCAUCGCAGCUCCAUUUCCUCCACCACCUCUUCCGUUGUAACCACCUCCACCAUCUCAGAUGCUGCUGUCGUCGAGGUUCGAGUUACUACCAAGCCCGCGGAGGAGGCUACCAUCGAGGAGCUGCUGGCCCGCCCUCCCCCCAAGCACUCGCUCAGCUACUACGUCAAGAACGCGCGCGACAGGCGCAUGCCCGUUGUUGACCCUGAGGAGGAAAAGAUGCGCUUUGAGAAGGCGAAGGCGGAGUUGUUGGCUGCGAAGGCGGCGUUUGACCUGAAGAUCUAAAGCGACAAACACCUUGGAAAGUUUCGACCUCUGGUCGCGAUCGCUUCCAUCUCAUCAUCCAUUACCUAUGCAACACGGCAACUUUGGUUUUCUGGGUACCGGCAAUCAAUUUGGCAAACGCUGUUGACGGAUGGGAGCUUUGCUGCCUCAAGCGACAGUAGCGAGCGAGCGAGCGACCAUGAAGCUCGGCACCCAAUUUCGGCGGUUUUCUUGAAUUAUUCAUUCUAUUCUCAUUCAACAAGCAACUUUGUUUGGCUUUUCGGACUUUUUCCUCCUCGUUUCUCCUAUCGACUUAGUCUUGGAUCGGCAUCAGCCAUGUCGAGUAUCAACGAGACGGACAUAGACAAGGGAAAAACGCGGAUUAUCAAGUUCCUCACGGAACAGGCGGCGGCGGCGUUAAUGGAGUGUUUUUAUUGGUCCUUUGUCAACCACGGAGCCGAGAAACGUCAAAAGGGAUAAGAAGCUGAUGCAGAGAGGAUUUCGUAUGCAUUAUUGAGGAGGAGUGAAGAGCAAAGGGAAAAGGAAUGGAGAAGGCAAACCUAUAUAAUUUGGUACUAAGGGGAAAUGGGGUGGAUAUAUGGCUUGCAAUCAUGCUUUGCGCGAUCCAACAACUAGACAGCAGGGAAAUGGAUGUGCCUCAGUAGCCCUUGAACAAACUUGAACAAACAUGAACACACCUGUGCAUCUAUGCCCUCCUCUAGUCAAGACGUGAAGC